UACAGCUGGGGUGACUCAUGGCCGUGGGUUGGUAAAGCAUGGAGACUUGCAUCGGAACCUUUCGCUGCAUUUAACCUCAAGUGUGCAUCGGUAUAGCCGUUCAAAACCCCCUCCGACACCUGGAAUAUUCCGAGAGAUCGACGACCUUAUAUAAGGGUUACUCCACGUCCUUGAACGAUUACGGGUCUCUCUUUCCGCGCCGGCCAUGGCGUCGCUUGCACUAGGGAAAACACUCGGAGCGGUGUAUAUCGGAGCUAUGGUGGCUGCAAUUCUUUUUGGGAUCACCAUCCUGCAAACCGCAUUGUACUACCAAAGAUUCAGAAAGGACUGGAUCCUCGACGCGCUGCACGUCGCGCUCAGUACGCACGCGUUAUAUUUUUACCUGGUGGAAAAUUUUGGCAAUUUUGAGGUUCUCAACAAGGUCGUCUGGAGCUUCAAGCUGCAGUUGUUGUUUGAUACUUUGACUGUACUAGGUGUGCAAACUAUAUAUGCCGUACGGUUAUGCAAAUUGGGACGUCACUUCCAUCCGGUUGUACCUUUGUUUGUGGUGCUUGUUGUGUUGGGGGGAUAUGCCGCAGGAAUAUUUGUCUGCUACGACGUAUUCGUGAUAACAGGGUUUUCGGAUAUCUCAUCCAUUUCGAGAACUAUCGUCGCGGCCUUUUCUGCAACAACCGCAGUUGAUUUUAUCAUAUCCGCUGUGAUGUGUUACUAUCUUCAAGUAAGCAAAGCUGCUGUGCCUCACUAUUCCAGCAUGACCACGACGCUGUUGGUCUUGAUGCGGCUCGUUUUGAUUUCGGGACUUGCUACAAGCACAUGCUCGUUGAUCACACUCAUUACGUUUCUUACAAUACCGGAUUCCCUUGUCUUUCUUGGGUUCAACUUCAUUCUGCCAAAACUAUACAUAAAUUCCCUCCUGGCUAUGCUCAACGCGCGCAAGGAGCUCCGAGCACUACCUACUGAGAACUCGUCGGACGGCGAGACUCUCUUGACUGCUCUCAGGUUCAAUAAGAAUUUCGGUGAUAGCACGGGAGACCAGAGCAGCCGUCAGGCCGGGUCGGAGGAUGCGAGCUUGGCACGGUGACUAUGUCCUGAAGAUUUCAUAGACUGUAAGUUUACAUCAAGGUAUAUCGAGAGGACGUUUUUGUUAUGAAGUGCUACUUGAACGAUGGACUCGCGUUUUCCUGGAGCUUAGCCGCUUGAUCUCCUACGAAAGCAAACGUACUCGACUUCAAACCGUUGCAG